CUUUAAUUGUCGCAUAUAAAUGUGUCGACUUUAAAAGUGAGACCGAUUUUAGGCUUAUGAAGAUUUGAUAUAUGUAAGAAAGCCUCAACGUGACCUUGAUCAAGUAAACGACACCACCAACAACAAAUAACGAAAUUUAAAAAGCCUGCAUUUGGAUUAGGAACAGUAAUACUGAUUGAUAAAUGGAACCUGGGACAGAAGAAAUACAUGCUGAUGAUGAGACAGAGUUCCCAGGCUCCAAGACUGUUUCCAGAAUAAUAAACACUGUAACAAGAUCAUUUCAACAUUUUUGGAGCUCGGAACUUGAACCUCCAGUGUGGGACGAGGCAGACGAGUAUGACUUCACACAUCCAUGUCGAGGAACUAUGAUUAUCUUUAACAAUGAACAUUUCAAGGGUCAUUCAUCACGUCCGGGAUCUAGUGUAGAUGCUGAGAACCUCUAUCAAACCUUCACUAAGCUUGGAUUCAAUGUCUCCUGUCAUCAUAAUCAAACUCGAGAUCAGAUGAUAAAUGUUCUCAAAAAAGCAUCUAAAAGUGAUCACAGUAAUUCUGAUUGUUUCGUAUGUGCCAUUCUCUCUCACGGUGAUGAAGUCCAUGUUGUGGAUGACAACAAUCCUGGUCGACAUGUUAGAGAAGAUUUAGUCUAUGCCACUGACCAGAUAGUACUAACUAGAGAGCUUGUCAAUUUGUUCAGGGACAAGAAAUGUAAAUCACUUGCAGGAAAACCUAAACUUUUCUUCAUGCAGGCAUGCCGAGGGUCAACUCUAGAUUCUGGUGUAGAUUUGAAUGUACUGGUAGAUGAAGUAGAUGCAUGUCUAGCUGAUACAGUUGAAGUCACACCAUGUCCUAUAUACAAGGACUUCCUUAUGAUGUACGCCACACCUCCAGGUUACUAUGCAUUCCGUCGUCCGGACACUGGUUCCUGGUUCGUUAGAGCUCUUUGUGAGGUUCUGUCACAACCAAAUGCAGGGAACCGUACUCUGAAUCAACUUCUUACAUCUGUGAUCAAACUUUUCAGCCAGCAAUACCAGUCAAAAUCUGCCAAUCUAAAAAUCUCAGGAAAGAAACAAACUCCAUGUUUUAUGUCAAUGCUGGUGAAAGAUUUAUACUUCAAACCUAAGGAAGGUUCAACACCUGUGUAAUUAUUGAUAUUGAUAUGUUAUUGUUGUUUAAGGGGAUAACAGUUAUGUUUAUUUUGUCUUUUAAGGUCUCUAGUCAUCCAAAGCAGUGAAAAAAAUCAAAUUCCACUCUAAAAUGGGAAAGUUACCAGUAUGAAUAUUUUAUUGUAUAUAAGAAUGGCCGCCAUUUUGUGUUCCUUAGAAUGUACAGCAAAAUGAUUGAACGUAUACCUUAAACUAAAAACUAUAGUAAAGAGCUUUUACUUAAUAAUAUAUAUAAGCAUUGUCUUAUUGAUAUCGUAAAUACUAAAAUGGCUGCCUUCGUGGUUCGUCAUUUUAUUAAAUUUCAAAUUGCCAUUUCUUUUUGAAAGCGCAGUCUGAUUUUGGCAAUUCUUUUGUUGUUUUGAAUAGUUGAACAAUGCUCUUGGUGCUGGCAUCACAUUCAUGAAAUUUAGGAAAAACGAAAAAUCUUUCAAAAUACAUCUUAAUCUAAUGUACAUAAUUUUUAUGCCUCAAAAAUUUUGGGAUGAAGGGCACUUAGACACAAAGUAUAAAAUAUUAAAUCACAAUUUAAAAUUUACUUUAUAUUAUUUUGUCACACUAGAGUUCUUGACUGGCCGUUCAAGUACCUGCAUUACUUCACCACAUAAUUAGUGACAUUAGUUCCCAUAGAGUUGUAUGAAAUAAUGCGUCUUUAGCGCUUUUUUUUUGAACUUUGGAAGGUCUUGCAGUCUGUUAUAACAGAUGGGAAGGCAUUCCAUAACCUCCCAGCUGCUGUAUGAAAGCUCUCACAGUAUCGCACUGUCUGAUAUUUGGGCACCACUAUGUUAAUGAAUUAUUUUGGGAUCUCAGAUUUCUGGAUGGCAUAUAUAUUUCUAACAUGUUUGCUACAUAAGCUGGUGAUUUAUCAUUGAAUGCCUUUUAUGUAUGUAUUUGAAUUUUGUAUUCUACUCUGCACUGCACCGGAAGCCAGUGGAGUUCACGCAGCACAGGUGUUACAUCAUAUGAUUGUAUCUGGAUGUUCUGGUAUAGCAUGUGAAGUUGUGUACCUGGUGUUCUGUUUAUGAUUUCACUCUGCCAGACCAGAGUUAUGGUCCUUGACUUAGUGCAAAAUACACAGUAAGUACUUAAAAGUUUGUAUUGCAUAAACCUAAAAAAACAUUUCACCAAGAGCAAUGAAACCAUGCAUUAUUAUUCAUCAUCUGAAUUUGUGUACUGGAGUUUUAUUUUGAUUUCACCUCGCAAGACCAUAUUUAUGGCCCUAGUAAAAAUUAUGCAUCUCAAAAUGAACAUGACCUUAGUUACAAAACUUUAAUAGAUUGUUAUAUAGCAUGUUAAGUUGCGCACCUGGUGUUCUUGUUGGGGUUUCAUUCAGCUAGGCCAGUUGUAGUCCUUAACUUAGUGAAAAAUACACAUAAAGUGCUGAAAGGUGUGUCACCUAGAGUCUUGAAACACGUCUACUUUUUUUUUCAGUUGUGUCAUUGAGGUAAAUUGUGAAAGAUAAUUUUGAUCUUACAUCUUUUUAUGCCCCCGAAGGGAGGCAUAUUAGUUUUCAACUGUCCGUCCGUUAUUUCGUUAGAUCGUUCGUCACAGUGUAACUUUUUGCAUGAAGGCACUUUACUCGCGAACCACUGCACCCAGGACCUUCAGACUUCACAUGCUGAUAAUACUUAUUGAGUACACGACCCCUACUGACAUUGGGGUGACCAGGUCAAAGGUCAAGGUCACCAGGUCAAAGGUCAAGGCGCUGCGGGGGCAUUUGUCACCAUUAGUGACAGCUCUUGUUAUUUCAUGUCUUUAGAAUGGUUUUAACAACAUUUUACACUUUUUCCAUGUAACGUCUAGUGAAAAAUAAUCAGCGCAAUAAGCAUGGUGUCAUUUAAUCCUUGCUCUUGGAAUAAAGGAGAUUUUGUUACAUUUCCUUACAGAAAUAUUUCAUUUCAGAAAUGUAUCUGUUCAAUACCUUUUUCAAUUUGUCGGUCAAGUAAAAGUCAGUCAUAUAAACUUGAUCAAUCAGCAUUAGUGCCAGUAGUGUCAACACAAACAACAAAAUGGUGCUUAAGUAGAGAAUAUACUGUACUUAAGUUCCGUGGCAUAUAGGAUUUACUUUGACUAUAGACAUACACAUUACCUACAGACAGAUAACCUUUGGGUAGAAGAUUUUUCACACUCCAGAAUUAUGUGAAACAAAGGCUUCUACAUAAUCUUUGUUGAUAAUUGUAACGUUUCACUUUCGUAUGAAGAUAUGCAUUUAAAGAAAUCAUAACGUAUCUCUUCCGAAAUAGCUACUUCUUUGGAUCUGUCUCACGAGGUUUGAUGGAUUAAUUUACAUCUUGCUCAUAGAAUACUUGUGUAUUUCACAUUUACUUACAUAGCACCUAUUUCAAAAAUUACUUCCAUCCAGUAUCGAAGCUAAAUAUUGUAGAAACAGAACUUUUUCCUGGAAACUAUUACUGCUCUAUUGUAAUGUAAUAAUACCAGAUUAUCUACCUUUAUUCACAGCAUUUUAUAGUCUUGUAUCUUUUCUAUAGAAAAAAGAACUGAUUGAGCCAAUUUAUGUUAAUUUAUUUAAAGAAAAGGAAUUUUUUUAUACGCCCGAAUGGAAUAUUAUGUUAUACACCAGGUGUCUGUCUGUCCGUUGAAGGAUUUCUAAGAAACUUGACACAAAUGUUCACCACAUCGGGACAACAUGCAGAGCGUAUGUUCUGGAUGGCUCCCUUCAAAGUCUAGGUCAUACUUAGGGGUUAAAUGUCAUAUGAGUGUGUUUAGUGUCCGCUGUGUAACUCUUGACCCACUUGAAGGAUUUCAAAGAAACUUGACAUAAAUGUUCACCACAUCUAGAUGAUGUGCAGAGCGCAUGUUCUGGAUUGCUCGCUUCAAGGUCAAGGUCACACUGAGGGGUCACUAGUCAUAAGAGUGUGUUUCUUGUCCGCUCUGUAACUCUUGAACUGCUUGGAGGAUUGUAAAGAAACUUAGCACGAGUUGACAUGCAGAGCGCAUGUUAUGAAUGGCUAGCUACAAGGUCAAGGUCACACUUAGGGGUCAAAGGUCAUACCUUCGGGCAUAUAUUGCUCAACAUUGCGGUUCUCUUGUUAUGUUAUCUUUUUUUUUUUUUCUUUUAAUUAAAAGUGUUGUCUGCAGUAACAACAGUGGACAUCUGAAUAAUGAGGUGCGAUUAUACAUAUAGUUUUACCAGUGUUGAAGUAAAUAGUUAUUGUUAAUAGAGAAAUAUAUGCAGCACAUUCUGUUCUGUUUGGAAGAUUUAACGGUUAACCUAUUAUUAAAAUCAUCCCUAAUUUAUACCUAACGUUAAGUUUUUGGUAUCAACUUGAUUUCACUAUAUUUGAACAUAAAUUAGUUUAAGUGAUGUGCUAAUGUGGAAUGUUGACUAAAUAGACAUUAAUUUUUAACUGUAAAUCUUGGUAUAUAUUUCGGUUUUUAAGCUACUGUAAAAUACUUGAAAUUCAUGCAAACUUCAUGAAAUGUUGAAUUUGCCAUGUGAAAAAUGAAAGGUGAUAUGCAUUUGGAUAUACGAUGCACAUGUAUACGCUGAUUAUGAUCUUUUCAACUUUUUCCCCAAUAAUUUUGAAGAAGGAUGGAACUGUAAGCUAAAAUAAAGUUCUCAUGAAUAAAAAGUAUUUUACGAUAUCAAGAUAUUGGAGUUAUCAUUGUUUAUGAAUUCUGUGAUUUGCAUUUAAAGGGAACAAUAUUUUGUUUUUGAUGUUGUAAUCUCACCUAAGAAGUUUAUAUUUUUACUUACGCCUAUGAUAUUAUUACAAAUUUGUGUAUUGUUUACCUGUAUGAUUUGUAUUAUUUUUAUUGUAACAAUUUUUAAACAUAUCUGCCAAUGUCUUCCCAUCGUUUUACUUAUCAAGCAUUGAUGGCUCGAGUACCAAGAGCUGACUUGAGCAGUUCAUGUAGUCCGUGGACCUUGUCCUUAUAUAAUGUUCCGAGGAUAACUUGAACCCUUUGCUCAGCCUCUUGUGACUUUGAGUGAUCAGUGUUACACUGUGCAUUAUAUUGUUUACAUUAUUUUUUUUGACACCACUAGCUACCAUGUUUAGAAGCUGCAUUUUCUUUGAUACUAUGCCUUUCAUUUAAAAAAGACUAUUUAGAUUUAUCUCACUGAUUGCAUGAAUUUUUUUCUACUACAGAAACCUCAGGCUCAAUAAUUAAUAGAGAUGACUUGGAAUCAAGCGUUCCUCUUUAGUGGGCAUAUAUUUAUAAAUGUUUAGUAUACUAGAGCUUUGAUAAGUACUGGGCGCCAGUAAAUCAAAUCCAGUUUGUUAGGAACUAAUGGGAAAGUACCCAUAGCCUGACAUGAUAAGUAAUUCAUUAUGAAAUUCAUGAAAGUAAAUAACUUCAAUGCAAAUAUAAUACACGACCAUGAUUUCUCAUAUGACACCAGUACUGGGUUUUCCAGCAAGCGGACUCGAUAAAUAAAUUAGUAUAAACUAAAAAAAUUCAAAUCAUUUUUCAGAAGUAAUACCUUCUUUUUUAUAAAAUUUGUUUGCAACUGUAGACUAGUUUAGGAGAAGGAUAUGGUGAAUUCACUUAAUAUUGCAUUCAUAAAAGUUGUUAUUUAAGAAAAAAUGGCUAUUUCAUGUGAACAUGAAUUCAUGGAUUUCAAAAUUUAAGUUAAUUGGG